AUGGUUGACACGACUGUCCAAAGGGUAGUGGCUGCGGGAGGCGACGCCACAGGGCAAGUAGGAAUGUCUGUGCCGCAACGAAUGGGCUGUCCAGGCUCCGAUGGCCGCCAAAGACCCCAAGACCCACCCGCGCCGUCGGAUAGUGAUCCGGAGGCUAGUGCGCUGGCUGCAAGGCAAGUGCUGUCGGCUUCUGAAAAUGGCGGCCACGCAUCGUCGCUCCGCGGCUGGCGGCUCGGCUGGGCGAGUUCGGAGAGUGGCAGAGACGGUGCUCCCGCCACGAGGCAAGGCGAUGUUGCCAAAGAGAGGCUAGGGACGCACGCGGAAGAUGCACGCCAAGGGCACGCGAGGUGCACCACGACCUGGCGGGCGCACGUUGGUCGCAGAGUGUCGGCGCACGGCUGGCCGAAACGGCCUAGCUACCGUAGUCGUUCCGAUUUGCUAGCGGCCCAGGGUCGAGGAAACGUGGGAGGCAAAUUGUCCAGUCUGGCAACGAGGGUGCCAAUCCGCCGCGCCCGCCGCGCCCGCGCAGGCGCAGCGGGAGCCGCUCGCCAGGCAGCCACGGGCAGCCGGCCAGGCGCACGGUCGUGUGAUCUCGGCGGCGGUGAAUUGGGGGUUGGGCGCGGUCUGGAGCAGGCAUUGGGCAUUUCCCCACGUCGCAGGCUGCGAACCGUGUCCUGCGCGCUGCUGACCGCGCCCGUCCUCGGUCGCGGGCCCAUUAUUGCACGCUUGCCUGCGUCCGUCCCGGAGACCACCCUGACCAGGACUGCGCACGCGAGCGGGUGUGAUGGCCCUGCACAGACCGCCGAGCGUCCGGCGACCGGCAGGACGACGCUGAUCUACCACACGUACCGCCAGCGCCGUCUCUGCGGUGCAGUCCAUGUAGAUCCUAUCUGUCAAAGUCGUGUGCUUGUGUCUCCUCGCCUAGGCCUGCGCGCGUGUGCCACGCAAAAGCCAACGCUCCAGAGCCUUGGGACGACGGUGAAACUCGAGAUCUGCCCCGCUAGCCUCGUUGAGACCGUGGGCGGCCCGGCUGCUUCCGCCCUGCCUGGCUCCUCACGACGAUUUGGAAGACCCUCGCCCAACGUGCCCGACGAUCCCCAAGAAAACCCAGGUGGGGAUUGCGCAGAGACUUCGCACCUCGCACCUCCUUUCCGAUUACAUAUUCUUGGUCAGCUGGGUAAACUCGGUGGCGAUCAAACAGGCAAGACCUCCUUAUGUCGAUCGCCAUGUCAAGACGGCUGGGACUUCGGCAUGCAAGCAACGACCAGGGGUGCAACGCCCAGGGGUACAACGCCCUCUGCUGCCAACGCCAAAGCUGUGAACGGAGCUUGGAGCCGGCGUGCGUGGCGAUUGAGCCGCAGCCACAUCGUGGAACAGGCCAGGUAGGGCAGAAACGACGACGAUUUCCAAAAAGAGGAAAAAAAACGCUUCCUGAGUGCAAGAUGCAAUUAGCCAAUCGUACCCACCCGGAGCCAUUCUCCGCCGCAGCGCUCGACACUGACUCUGACUUUGCAUUCUGCCCGACAUUAUCAGGGAAACUUCACCCAAGUCUUGCGCAGCAAAGGGCACUAUUAUAGUCCAGUCUCCGUAUCCGAGUCAGAGACCGUUAUGAUCCCGUCCUCACGUGGCGACCAGGACAAUCCAUGUAGUUUAGGCCAACCUCUCCACUUCGGCGGGCUCCGAUGAAAGUUUCUGCGUACCAGGGGGGAUGCUCGGAGGGUUUUGCGCAGACUGCUACUCGACGAUGAAUUCUUGUCAAGAUGAACGUCACCCGUGGAACACCACCAGUCCUGGUCGAAAAUGGCUGGAAGCCCGGUCCGCGAGUUCCUGAGGUGCCUACCCAAAUGCGAACACCACAUCCAGUGAGUCCAAUCCU